GCCACCUCAUGGCGCUGCUCCUCCGAUGACCAACUGACUGAUCGCCGCCGGUGCUGCUCCGACCGCUUCCGAGCAUCCUCCGGUGCUGCCUCCUCUCCCCUCCUCCUGCUCUGGUGGUCCGAGUCUCAGGCUACCGCCUGCUGCUCCGACCCGAACCAGAGCUUCCGCUUUCCGGGCAAAAGCAGAGGCGCGGAGGCCAGUUCAGUUAUCUCCUCGCGUUCCUCUCCUCUGCCUUCAUCACUUUAGCUCAAUCCGCCUGCCAAUUUCAAGAGAAAGUUCUUCAGAACUUGUUAUUUGCUCGCGCACUGUGAGCACGGCGAAUCAUUCCGUGUCCAUGGAGGCAACCCGGCUCAGCUCCCUUAAACCCUUUGCUCUUAAACCCCGCAGGCACCGAGGACAAGAUAGUGAUAAGGCUUCUCAGUUUCAUUCUCUUUCCUUUUCUCGAACUCCAUUGUCCUUAAGAACAACUUAUCGACAAUCAAUUAGAAGACAGACACCAAUGCUUGACAGAUAUUUUCUCUCAAGAUCGAAACAGGAAUUGGCGAUUUACUGUUCUAUGGAUCAAAGUUUAUAUCUUCAAUCUAUACCAGCGACAUAUGAUGGUGGGCAAGACAUGAUUAGUCAAGAAAUAAACAGUUCUGCUAGUCUCCAGCCGGAAUCUAGAACAUACCAGAAUAGAUUUCUGAACCUUGUACGAAUAGGUUCAGUCCUUAAUAAUGCUGCCGAAUCAUUUUUCAAGAGCGAGAUUCGGCGGAGAUUAUUUGUGACAGCUGUGUUAAUUGUGAUGAGCCGUGUUGGUUAUUUUGUCCCUCUACCUGGAUUUGACCGAAAAUUGAUACCCCAAGACUAUCUCACCUUUGGCUCCGCAUCUGUAGAUGAGCUUGGUGAUUUUGCGGCGGAACUUAAGCUCUCGUUUUUCCAACUUGGAAUCAGUCCCCAGAUAAUUGCUUCAAUUAUUAUGCAGGUUCUUUGCCAUGUUCUUCCGUCAUUGGUGAAGCUCCGGAAAGAAGGCUUGGAUGGCCAUGAGAAGAUUAAGAGUUACAUCUGGUGGAUCUCUCUUGGCUUUGCAGUACUACAGGCUUUGAUAGUUUCAUAUUCUUCACUUCCAUACUCAAUCUAUGCAUCCAGCAACAGUUUCAAGCAUGUUAUGGUGACAACUCUCUUACUGGUCUGUGGUGCGAUGACAAUGACAUGGAUAUGUGAUACAAUAUCGGAAUCAGGAUUUGGUCAAGGUUCCUCUCUGAUCAUAUGCGUGGGGAUAUUGACGGGUUACAAGGAGACAUUGUUCAAGAUGCUAUCUCAGCUCUCAGGAAGUGCCAUGAAUUGGUGGCCUUACAUGCUGGCAGUGUUGGCUAUUUUCACCAUAGUCACAAUGUGGGCAGUAGUAGUAACUGAGGGUUGCAGGAAAAUUAAGCUGCAGUACUAUGGCUUCAAGCUUGCCUCUUCUGCAAGGGACGACUCCCCAGUUACAGAAGUGGAGCCCUAUAUUCCUUUUAACAUCAAUCCUUCAGGGAUGCAGCCUGUCCUCACCACUUCGUAUCUCUUGGCAUUUCCCAGCAUUAUUGCGAGUAUCCUUGGUUCUCCUUUCUGGGAGCAUGCGAAGGAGAUUUUGAACCCUGCGAAUUCUAUUGGUGCUGAGCCUUGGGUCUACUAUUCAAUAUUUGCAUUUUUUGUGUUCAUAUUCAAUAUCUUUGACAUUGCCAAUCUGCCCAAGGAAAUAGCCGAUUAUCUGAACAAAAUGGGUGCUCGGAUACCAAACAUUAAGCCGGGGAAAGCUACUGUAGAAUACCUAACAAAGAUGCAGGCAUCCUCCCGUUUUUGGGGUGGCUUAUUAUUAAGUAUUUUGGCUACUACAUCGACAAUGCUGGAUCAAUACUUGCGGCAUAUCAACGAGGGAUUUGCAAUCGGGUUGACUUCAGUUCUCAUCAUAGUGGGCUCAAUUAUCGAGCUAAGAAGGUCAUAUCAAGCGUACAACGUGAUGCCCAGUUUAAGCAAAACCCUCAAGCGAUAUGGCGUAUGAUAGCUCCCCGAGGCAGAAUUUCUUCAUGUGCAUCAGAUCAGAAGCUUUGCAUAUCAAGUCUUUGUUGGUAUGGAGGAACCCUGUAGGAAAAUGAGGACUUCCAGAAAUCUGAGAUCUGUUGCUGUAUAAGCGAUAUGAUGAUUUCAUCACAAAUUUAAGUCUGUUCUGAAGUGCCAAGAGUAUUUGAAGCACACAUUGCCCAUGGUUUGAGCAGACUUUAGAGGGCUGAUUUUAGGAGCAAUGUUCUUGUGAAGGAACAGUUGAUUGACAAAUUGAAUACCACGAUCGGCCAGCCUCUUAGAAAGGGUAGAGGAUGUAAUUUUUGGUAUGGAUGGGAACAACAGGGUGAUACAUCAUACAUGCGAUGAGAGGAUUAGUUGGAUAUUUAUCGGUUAGCUUUGAUCCCAAACAAUGUCAAUGUAUCAAGUUAACAUUCCUCGAGGUCUAUUUUGUGCGUCGAGCUCUUAAUAUGUAUGCAUAUAUACGAUUCUACUGAUAAAUAAACCCGAAAUUCUCAUUUCAUUUUUA